GCCUAUAAAUAAUUUCGUAUAUCCUUUAGUUCUUGAAGACCACACUUGUGAUAUCUUCUCUCUAUUUCAGUCUAGUUGAACAAAAGCAAUGGCAAGAAAACUAUGCAUCGUUAUACUAUGUCUAGUUGCAAUUUUUCUUCUUCCUCUACAAAACCAUGGCGAGAUUGUUGUAUCCACCGUUGAAACUCCAUCUCCACAGCCUAGCAAAAACAGUACCACUACUCAAUUUCCCAAUCACGGCAUCACUGAAGGCAGUCUUCAACCACAAGAAUGUGGACCACGUUGUUCCAAUAGAUGCUCAAACACACAAUACAAGAAGCCGUGCUUGUUCUUUUGUCAAAAGUGUUGUGCCAAGUGCUUAUGUGUGCCUCCUGGAACUUAUGGCAAUAAGCAGGUUUGUCCUUGCUACAACAAUUGGAAGACAAAAAGGGGAGGACCUAAGUGCCCUUAAAAUUCUCUUAAAUGCCUUACUACCACUCAAUAUAUAUGUACAAGCACAAGUAUAUGUGUCCUUCAUAUAAAUCAAAGUACCUUAACUUAAUUA